AUGGAUAUAGAAUUUUCAUCAAGUGUAUUAGAUACGCCAUCUUUAAUGACACCAAAUAUUAGUUUAAAUCCAAUUAUGUAUAAAAUUUCACAAGCAUCUACAACAGUUGAUAUAAACACUGAGGAUAAUAAUGAUUUAAGUUCUAAUUCAUCGUCUAUAAUAACAACAAAUGAUGAAUCAUUAUCUAUGUCAUCAAAUGAUAUAAAAUUAUCGAAAAUAGAAAAUGACCUCAAACAAACUUUUGCACAACGACGUAAACCAACUGAAUCAUUGUUUCAACAAAUGGCAAAAGCUGGAGUCUUGACAUUUCCAAAUGUUUCUGUACCUCCUACCACUGAUGAUGCCAUAUCUACCGAGAUACCUUCAACAGCAGAGGUUAUGAGUGUCAUUGAAUCAUUUUCCAAAGAAUCAACUCAAGACAAUACAGAACGCGAAACGACAACAAUAAUAACUGGUGAUAGUAAUAAUCAUUUUGAUACAUCAUCAUCACAUACAAUGGGUGUUGUUGUUGCACCAAAAAAGAAACUUCUUCAAAGAACUCAGUCUCGUACUGAACCAACAUCACCAACAUCAAUUACAAAUAAUCUUUUUUCUCAAUCACCAAGAACUGAUAGUGAUGAUGUAGGCUUAAUGGAUGAUGAUCGUCAAUCAUAUAGUAAUACUGAUUUUCAACCUUUACAUGAUUUACCAUUAUUAAUACAUCCGAUUGAUUCAAAUCCACAAUUAGAUAAUGGUUUAAAACCAUCUUAUACAAUACAAUCAAAAUCAGAUCAAAAUGGAGUACAUCCAACAAUGAUUAAACAACAACCAAUGACACCCACAAAUAAAAGAACAUUUCAACAGACUAUUAUUGGUGGAUCAAUGGCAAAAACUAAUUCCGUUCUUAUUUCUCAACAACCGGCUAUAAAUGAAGUCACAUCAAGUCAUCAAUUAUCUGGCAUAAAACGACACAAAACAACUCCAAUACAAGCAAAUACUCUACAUUCGAAUUCAUUAAUUCCAUUAUCAUCAACAAAAAAUGACAAUAAUAUCAAUAAUAAUAAUAAUAAUAAUAGUAUUUUAUCCGAUGAUCAACGUAAAAAACAAAUACGUGAUAGUAAUCGUGAAGCAGCAAGACGUUGUCGUGAACGUCGUCGACAACAUAUUGAACAACUUGAAGGAACUUUAGAACAAUGUAAACAACAAAUAAAACAAUUAAGUGAAAAAUUAUCUCAUGCUGAACGUGAAAAUACACAAUUACGUGCUAUUUUAUCUGAAACAAAAAGAUUUCAUUCAACAACAUGUCUUUCAUCAAAUGAAUCAAUGAUUGAUUUUUCUAAUGUAAUAGGAACAAAUGGAAUUGAUCUUAAUUCAGAUUCAACUGAUGGAAAUAUAAUGCCAAGAAAUUAUUUUUCUAGAAAUACACAUUAA